AUGAAUAAUUACCAAUUUACUGAUAAAGUAGAAAAAACAAUUUCUACAGCAGUUAAUUUAGCCCGUGAAUAUGCACAUGUACAAAUAGCACCAGCACAUUUAGCAUGUGCAAUGUUGGAUGAGAAAGAGGGAGAAUCAUUAUUUAAAAAUUUAGUUAAUAAAGCAGGCGGUGAUGCUGUAAUAGUAGAAAGGAAUUUCAAAAAGUUACUUGUACGACAACCAACACAAGAUCCACCACCAGAUGAUAUAGCACUUAAUCCUCAAGCACACAAAGUUUUAAGAGCUGCUCAUAAUAUACAGCAACGUCAGAAAGAUAGUUUCAUUUCACAAGAUCACUUAAUAUUGGGGUUGUAUGAAGAUUCCCAGUCUAAACAGGUUUUGGUGGAUUCAGGCGUAUCGCAAAAAGCUUUAGAACAUGCAAUUUCACAAGUUAGAGGAAAUCGAAGGGUAGAAACUAAAAGUGCAGAUGAGAAUUACGAAGCAUUAAAUAAAUAUGCAAUUGAUUUAGUAGGAUUAGCAAAAUCAGGAAAACUUGAUCCAGUUAUUGGUAGAGAUGAUGAGAUACGUGUUGGUAAAACUGCCAUAGUAGAAGGUCUUGCUCAACGAAUUGUGAGAAAAGAUGUUCCAAGGUCAUUAGAAGCUAAGCUAUAUUCUUUAGAUAUGGGUGCACUUAUUGCUGGUGCAAAGUAUCGAGGUGAAUUUGAGGAAAGAUUAAAAUCAAUAUUGAAAGAAAUCAAAGAAUCGGAAGAAGGAAUUAUAUUAUUUAUAGAUGAGAUUCAUUUGGUGUUGGGAGCUGGUAAAACUGAAGGAUCAAUGGACGCGGCCAAUUUACUCAAGCCUAUGUUAGCGCGUGGUGAACUACGUUGUAUUGGUGCAACAACAUUAGACGAGUAUAAAAAAUAUGUGGAAAAAGAUGCAGCAUUUGAACGACGUUUUCAACAAUUGAUGGUUGGUGAACCAUCAGUAUUGGACACGGUUAGCAUAUUACGUGGAUUGAAAGAACGAUAUGAAAAUCACCAUGGUGUUAAGAUAACAGAUGGGGCACUUGUGGCAGCAGCACAAUUAUCAUCCAGAUACAUUACAAAUAGGUUUUUACCUGAUAAAGCAAUUGAUUUGAUGGAUGAGGCAUGUGCGAACACCAGAGUUCAAUUGGAUUCACGGCCUGAAGUAAUAGAUCAGCUGGAUAGGCGACAUUUACAACUUGAGGUGGAGGCAGCAGCAUUGUCGAAAGAAAAAGAUGAGCCAAGUAAAGAACGGUUAAAGAAAGUUAAGGAAGAAAUGGCCAGUAUACAAGAACAAUUGCGACCACUUAAAGCAAGAUACGAGCAUGAUAAAAGUCUACUGGAUGAGAUUAGAACACUCAAACAAAAAUUAGAUGAGUUAAAGGCCAAGGCAGAGGAUGCCGAACUUCGAGCAGAUAUUGACUUAUUGGCUGAUUUAAAAUAUUAUGCUAUACCAGAGGUUGAACAACGUAUUCAAAGUUUACAAUCACAAAAGACCAUACAAGAGCAGAAUAUGACGAAUGGUGCAGAUGGUUCAACUGAUAAUACAUUGUUAACAGAUACGGUGGGACCUGAACAAAUUAUGGAUGUGGUGUCUAGAUGGACUGGAAUACCUGUGACCAGAUUGUCAAAGACGCAAGCUGAGCGACUGCUUGACUUGGCCAAUUCAUUGAAAAAACGAGUAGUUGGGCAAGAUGAAGCAGUCCAGACCAUCACUGAUGCCAUAUUACGUAGCAGAGCAGGAUUAGCAAGAGAGAAUCAACCAUUAGGAUCAUUUCUGUUCUUGGGGCCCACUGGUGUUGGUAAAACCGAACUUAGAGCGCCCCCAGGAUAUGUUGGGUAUGAUGAAGGAGGACAAUUGACAGAAUCGGUUAGGAGACGACCUUAUAGUAUAAUAUUAUUUGAUGAGGUGGAAAAAGCGCAUCCGCAAGUAACGAAUAUAUUAUUGCAAGUAUUGGAUGAUGGAAGAUUGACAGAUGGAAAAGGUCGACAUGUGGAUUUUAGUAAUACAGUUAUAAUAUUAACAAGUAAUUUAGGAUAUUAUCAUCUUCAAGGAUUGACAUCAGACGAAAUAGAUGAUACGGUGAGAGAGGCAGUGAUGAAUGAUGUUAGAAGACAUUUUAGACCAGAAUUUUUAAAUAGAUUAGACGAUAUUCUAAUAUUUAGACCGCUUGGCCGAAAACACCUUUACAAGAUCGUGCAAGUUCAAUUAGAUAGACUUAAUAAGAAACUAGAUGAGAGAAGUAUUGUGUUGAAGGUGGAUAAUAAGGCAAUGGAUUGGUUGGCAGAAAGCGGAUAUGAUGUGGUUUAUGGAGCAAGACCAUUAAAUCGAUUAAUUAAGAAUAAAAUAUUGAAUCCAUUGAGCAGACUUUUAAUUGGAGUGAGAAAUGGUGAAGCGGUGUUUGUAACAACAAAGUCAGAUGAUAGUGAUUUGGUGAUAACAAGGAAUCACGAGCAAGGUGAUUAUAAUGACACAGAAAUGAUGGCUGACGAGGACGAGGACGAAGAGAGUAAUCAAAUUGAUAUAGAUUAA